AUAUAAAUACCUAAUGUGACAGUAAAGGACCUGGCACGUAAUAGGUAUUUGUUAAAAUGAGUGAAGUUGGGGCACUUGGCUAGCUCAGUUAGUAGAGCAUGCGACUCUUGAUCUCAGGGUCUUGAGUUAGAGCCCCACGUUGAGUGUAGAGUUUACUUAAAACAAAUUAUAAAUGAGUGAAGUUAAGCUGUUAGAUAUGAGAAGCUGAAUGGUAAUUUUUGUAGUAUAUAAUAGGAGAAAAAGCCCACAAGAUGGAAAUAACAUCUCAAUAGUAAAUUACUGUUCUUCCCUUGACCUCUCAUUUGCUACCGGAAUGAAACCAAGCUUUGUUUUUUUAUUAAUAAGGUAUUCAAAAUUAUUUAUUCCCUUCUUCCCCUCCUGGGAAAUGGAGUAUAAAAGAAAUCACAACAUAAUUAAAAUUAAUCUCUGGGAUUAAUGUGAGGGUGGAGGUGGGGUCAAAUUACUUUUUCCUUAUAAAAUGAUAAUGAUUUUUAUGAAGAAUGUUUAAUGACUACUCAAUGCUUCUAAUAAACUAAAAAUAAGAGUUCCAUAUUAUGUGCUAAAUCAGCUUUAUAAAGAAUAUGUUGAAAAAUGUAGUACAAGUAUUUAAGAAACCUUUAUGAUUUUGGGGUGAUGGGAUUAUUGGCAACUUUUCUGUUUUCCUUAUUUAAAAAAAAGACACAGCAAAUAUUGCAGAGUAGAUAUUUUCUUCUAUUAAGAUUGGUAUUUCACGUAUGGAUUUUUUUUUUAAGUUUAUUUAUUUAUUUUGAAAGAGAUGUGGGAGGGGUGGAGAUAAAGAGAAUCCCAAGCAGGCCUCCGCACUGUCAGUGCAGAGCCCUGUGUGGGGCUCGAGCCCAGUAACCAAGCUGAAACCAAGAGUCAGACACUUUACCAACCGAACCACCCAGGUGCCCCAGAAAUGGAUUGUUUCUUUAUAUCUAUAUGGUUAUUGUUGAAAAAUACUUAAUCAUAAAACAGCAAGCUGAACUUACUAGUUUAUUUUUUUUUUCCCUUAAAGUAAGCUGUAUGCCCAAUGUUGGGCUUGAACUCGCAACCCCAAGAUCAAGAAUCGCAUGUUCUACCCACUGAGCCAACCAGGCCCGGAUAGCAUUUUUGCAAGGAGAAAGAAAAGGACAAGAAAACUUGAAGAAGGAUUUAGUAAGAAGAAUAAAGAUGUUAGAGUAUGCAUUAAAACAAGAAAGGGCAAAAUAUCACAAAUUAAAAUAUGGCACAGAACUGAACCAAGGUGAUUUGAAAAUGCCAACCUUUGAAUCAGAAGAAACCAAAGACACAGAAGCUCCCACAGCACCUCAGAAUAGCCAGUUAACGUGGAAGCAAGGCAGACAACUGUUAAGACAAUAUCUUCAGGAAGUAGGUUACACAGAUACAAUAUUAGAUGUCCGAUCUCAGCGGGUAAGGUCAUUACUUGGACUAUCCAGUUCAGAACCAAAUGGAUCGGUAGAAACAAAGAACUUAGAACAGAUCCUGAAUGGAGGUGAAUCUCCUAAGCAAAAAGGACAAGAAAUCAAAAGGCCUUCUGGUGAUGUUCUUGAGACAUUCAAUUUUUUAGAAAAUGCUGAUGACAGUGAUGAAGAAGAGGAAAAUGACAUGAUUGAAGGCAUCCCAGAAGGAAAAGAUAAACAUCGGAUGAAUAAACACAAAAUAGGUAAUGAAGGUUUAGCUGCUGACCUAACUGAUGAUCCUGAUACUGAGGAAGCACUGAAAGAAUUUGAUUUUUUAGUGACUGCUGAAGAUGGUGAAGGAGCUGGAGAAGCACGGAGUUCAGGGGAUGGCACAGAAUGGGAUAAAGAUGACCUCUCCCCACCUACUGAGGUUUGGGAUGUAGACCAGGGGCUAAUAAGUAAACUGAAGGAACAGUACAAGAAGGAACGAAAGGGGAAGAAAGGGGUGAAGACUGAACCAAUAACGUUUCCAUCUGGAGGAGGCAAGUCAUUUAUUAUGGGUUCUGAUGAUGUUUUGUUAAGUGUACUGGGCCUUGGAGACCUUGCAGACUUGACGGUAACAAAUGAUGCAGACUAUAGUUAUGAUUUGCCUGCCAAUAAAGAUGCCUUUCGAAAGACAUGGAAUCCCAAGUAUACACUACGUAGCCAUUUCGAUGGAGUACGGGCAUUAGCUUUUCAUCCUGUAGAACCUGUGCUGGUUACUGCCUCUGAGGACCAUACUCUGAAACUUUGGAACUUGCAAAAAACAGUUCCUGCCAAAAAGAGUGCCUCUUUAGAUGUAGAGCCUAUCUACACAUUUAGGGCCCACAUUGGUCCUGUUCUAUCACUAGCUAUUAGUUCUAAUGGAGAACAGUGUUUUAGUGGUGGUAUAGAUGCAACCAUCCAGUGGUGGAAUAUGCCUAGCCCUAACGUGGAUCCAUAUGAUACAUAUGAGCCAAAUGUUCUAGCUGGCACUUUAGUUGCACAUACAGAUGCUGUCUGGGGUCUUGCUUAUAGUGGCAUAAAAAAUCAAUUACUGUCUUGUUCAGCAGAUGGCACUAUUAGGUUAUGGAAUCCACAAGAAAAAUUGCCAUGUAUUUGCACUUACAAUGGAGACAAGGAGCAUGGAAUCCCUACAUCAGUUGACUUUAUAGGCUGUGAUCCAGCUCAUAUGGUGACCUCUUUCAACACUGGUAGUACAGUAAUUUAUGAUUUAGAAACAUCACAAUCAUUGGUGAUGCUAUCCUCACAGAUAGAUUCUGGUUUACAAUCCAGUAAUCACAUUAACAGAGUAGUAAGUCAUCCCACACUUCCUGUUACAAUAACUGCUCAUGAAGAUAGACACAUCAAAUUUUUUGAUAAUAAAACGGGUAAAAUGAUCCAUUCUAUGGUAGCUCAUUUGGAUGCUGUUACAAGUCUAGCAGUAGAUCCUAAUGGAAUCUAUUUGAUGUCUGGAAGCCAUGACUGUUCUAUUAGAUUAUGGAAUUUGGACAGCAAGACAUGUGUACAAGAAAUAACAGCACAUAGGAAGAAAUUAGAUGAAUCAAUUUAUGAUGUUGCUUUCCAUCCAUCAAAAGCAUAUAUUGCCAGUGCAGGGGCUGAUGCCCUUGCCAAAGUAUUUGUGUGAAUCAGCAAAAAUCACAUCAUCAACAACAGAUUUGCUUGGACAGAAAGAGGGUCUGCAUCACUGCCAUCAACAAGGUUACUGAUAUGACACUACAUGUGAUCUGCCUGGAGAAGGCUAUUCGAGGCAGGCAUAAAUUGGUGGAAAUCACAUCUUAAUGUCAGGCUCAUUAAUUUAAUUGUAAUUACUGUAUUUCGUGGGACAAAUAAAAAGGACUCCAUUAUUUGUGGCCUGUACUGGAUAUGAACUGAGCGUAUGUCUGUUUUUUAGGUAUCUUUAAGCCAAUGUGGAGUCUGAUCUUAAAAAGACUUUUAUUUUGGACUCUGUGUGCUGCCUUAGGGUUAGGAAUGUGGUGCUCUUGUUGGGGGAAAGUGAGCUCCAAGAGUAGCUUUUUUUCAUCUCUUAGUGAUUUUCUGUUUAUCAGUUGAAUGCCACAGAUUCCCUUUUAAACUUAUUUUGCUUUAAAAAAAAAAAAAAAGAAAAUUUAACUUAAAAUAUUUUAGCAUUAGUUGCACAAAAUGUUUGGAUAAAAUUCUAGUUUUUAUAAGUCUUUUUAUAUAUUUAGCCUGUCACAACAGUGCUCAAGAUUGUAUUGAAGUUUUUCUGCAUUAUACAACCCUAAAACACAGAGAUCUCACUGACCCGCUGCCGUGUAACCACACUUUUUCCUUCUUUUGCCUAAUACAGCUCAGCUAAGUCCUUCCAUAAAGAUGCUAAAUCACCUUCAUCAUCACACAAUUGUCUUCAUAUAAACCAAGGACUAUUAAGUGUAUUAAAAAUGAAACAGUGGGGUUUAGUACUCCAGAUGAACUCUUUAAAAAAAAAUGAACUAAUCUUGGCAUCCUAUCACUAUGUGAUAUUUUGUACAUCUUACUGUAUUUACAAGUUUAUUUAUCAAGGAUUAUCCAUCUUGCUAAUAGCCUAUUAUUUAUUUCACUUUUUGUUGGUCUUUAUAUCCUUUUAUUAAUGUGCUAAAGGAACCUGUAUAUCUAUUUUGGAACUCUUUGAAUAGUCUAAAAUAGACUAAAAAUGGAAUAUUUUAUAGUUUAAGUUACAAACCAAGGUGAUUUCCCCCAGAUGCAUAUCUUGGUUUACCAUGAUUCCAAACAAAACUAUCUUGUUUAAAAAUAUUUGGGGUAAAAUUGUAUUUGCAUUACAAAUAGGAUACAAAAAUAGUUGAAUCAGGAUACAGAAAUCUGUGUUUGGACUAGUUAUCCCAUUUUAUUUUUUCAGAUGUGCUUAAUUUUAUGGUGUAACUAAAGAUUUUGUUUGUGUAAUGCAUGAUUAAGACAAUAAAGUAUU